AUGGACGCCAGACCGCUAGCCCUCGAGGACGCUUGUAUCAUGUGUCCACGUCGAGGUUCUAAAGUGUGCCCCAAUUGCAAGGACGCCCGUUAUUGUUCCAAGGACUGUCAAAAGCUGGACUGGAAGAACCACAAGAUCAUUUGCCCAUCCUUUCAAGAACCAAAGCCUAAUGUGACCGACCCAAAUGGGCGCAUAGAUGGCAUCAUCAUCGAAUGUCUUCCUGAAUUUGGCUUGGUGAACUUUCGGCGUGCUCUCUUCUUCCCUGGGGGUGACCAACCGCCCAAGGGCCCAAUCCUGGUCGUGCGCGGCUUUAUCGACCAAGUCGGGAACGACCACAUACAAGAUGCCGACAUGCGCGACUCACGAACCGCCGCAGACUUCUUCAGCUCAGCGCACCGUGAAGGACUCAGUGAUCCAAUUCUCGAAAAGAAACGCUUUCAGGCGAUAUUUAUUGGUAGUCGCGAAGAUGUUGCCCGUUAUCGGCUACCGACAAAAUACUUCGAGGCUGUAUCAAUGGCUGCGAUUCCGUCUUCCAAUCAGAGGGCAGCGGCAUUGUCAACCUCUUGGGAAUUCCAAUUCUGA